AUUUCCGACAAGAGUUGAGAAGCAACUGCGAGCAAAUCAUCAGACCGAACAAUAACAAAGUCUGCCUACCAAUUAUGAAUUUUGUUGGUUUGCUUCGUAAUUUAUUAAUUUGUUAUUAUGCAUUGCUUGCGGCGAAUGAGAUCCGCGCUGCAAACAUCGUUGGCUUUCCUGUGGACGAUUAUUACAGCCAUCAAAAUAGCAUGAGAAUCGUCGGUAAAGAAAUGCUGAAGCGGGGACAUCGCUACACGCAAAUUGUACCGCAUUUUAUAGAAAGUCAAUACCAGGAUAUCGAUUUGAUUGUUUUUAACACUUCGGUUACCCAGGACGAUUUACAUGAGGUCAUGUUUGCAUUCAUCAAUAUUGGUGACGACGUGCAAAGCUUGAAGGGCUCUAAUGAUAUUUACAAAGCCAUGAAGAACCACGAGUUGAUGGAACAACGACAUUGCGCAAGUCUUUUGGGAAACGAACGUAUAAUGGAAAAACUCAAAGAUGACACAGACAUUCUCAUUUGCGAUCUUGCAAACCAUUGUUGUUUCAUACUAGCUUAUAUAUUGAAUGUCAGUCGAGUCGAUAUUAAUAUUAUGGGUUUAAUGCCCAUCGCCAUGUUCCGCAGUCAGUGCCAGGCACCGGUUUAUUUAUCACAGGAUGCGCUCUUGGAUGAAAACGAUCCCAACAAUUUUUCAUUUUUUAAUCGUCUUGCGACAUUAAAGCGUUACGUGGACCAACGAACAGCAUUUGAUUUUUAUGAAUAUUCUGAAGCAUUGAUAAGAAAAUACGGUAAAUCAUCCCCGUCCAAUGCAAUGGAUGCCUUCAAGCCACGAGGACUUUUACUCAUCUUUCAUGAUUUUGCAUUAGAAUAUCCACGACCCUUGGGCCCACACAUUAAAGUUAUCGGGACGCUUACUGCCCGUCCUCCAGAAAAACUCUCUGCAGAAUUUGAGCCUUUCAUGAAUAAAAGUGAUAUAGUCGUUUUAGUGUCGUUUGGGACGAGCCUAGAUAAUUUGAGUAAAUCUUUCUUACAGAGAGUUACUGAAGGACUUGGUAAUUUAUCAGUACCUGUCUUGUGGAAGAAAUCGGAAAACUCGCAUCCUCCACGCGUGCCUACAAAUGUUAAGCUUGUGGACUGGAUUCCACAAAACGACAUCUUAGGUCACGUGUCCACCAAAGUACACGUCACGCAUUUGGGUUUAAAUAGUUUUCUUGAAUCUGUUUAUCACGGUGUACCCAUAGUAGGUAUUCCUUUUUUAUUUGAUCAACCAAGACAAGCCGCGAUUGUACAACUCAAAGGCCUUGGCAAAAUCUUAGAUCGUCAUACGAUGACGCCAGAAGACCUGACAGCUACCGUAAAUGAAGUAUUGUCAAAUAAGAAAUACGAAGAAAACGUGAAACGUGUUUCAAAACUUAUGAAGGACCGUAAACAGUCGCCAGUAGAGGAAGGCGCCGAUUGGAUAGAGUAUGCAUUACGUCAUGACGGAGCAAAACAUUUAGUUAGCGAUGCGUUGUAUCUACCCGAGUACAAGUUGUAUUCCGUUGAUAUUUUUCUAUUUAUGUUUUCUGUAUUUGUUCUUAUCUUUUUCGCACUUCUUAUGAUUUGCUGUGUAAUUUACCGAAGCAUAAAAACAAUAUCUUUCUUAAAAUAUAAGAAAUCUUAAAGCCAAA